AUGAGCACGCUGCCCGACCCUCGAAGUCGCUGUGCCCCGAGCCCGGCCGGCGACAAGGGCUCUCCCGACUCGCUUCGCCACCCCGACCUCGACGACGAGCUGGCCACGCUGAGCGCCAAACUUGUAAACGCCAUCAACCACCAGACUUUUCUCGACGACACCCUUUCCGCUACGCGUCAUGAGUUGCAAGCCGCUCGGGAGCGCAUCCGGGAGCUCGAAUCCGAGAGCCAGUCUCACCUCGAAAAGUCCAAACGCGACGUCUGGAUCCGCCGAUCCUCACUCGACGCCGAGCGAAAGGCCAUGCAGGCCGAGAAGAAGAAGUGGCAGGCCAGGCUGGCCGAGGAGACGAGCAAGCGCCUCGACACUGAAAAGGAAAAGAGGAAAAUCGAGCAGGAGCUCGAGAAUUUGACCACCGCUCUCUUCGAGGAAGCAAACAAGAUGGUCAUAGCCGCCAAAGAGGAGGCGCAGCUGCAGAACGAGGCGCUUCAGCGCAAAAACGAGCAGCUCAAAUCGCAGCUCGCCGACUCGGAGAGUCUCCUCAAGUCACAGCAAGAACAGUUGUCCCAGCUCAAGGCAGUCAUGGAGAGCAUGGCGUCUGAACGCGACGACAUGACAAAUGGUACUACUCCUCCGUCUCCCGGCAUCUCCAGGCUCGAUUCGGCCGCCGACGACGAUCGCCCCCCGCCCGAAGGCCUCCCUGCCGGCUCACCGUCACUCGACGGCUGUUCUCCCUGCAAUCCUACCAGUCUUCAGCACCUAGUGCAACCUGUUCUCCGCACCGAUUUGGCUUCCUACGACGACUUUAUGGCCCUUGCUCGGAUUUCCCAGCAACGCCGCGGGAGCCGAGUCUCGUCUGGCUCUCUGGGUGGAAUCACUGCCUUGGCCCUCGGCCUCGGUGGCUCCACUUCAAGCGCCCAUCCCUCCAAUGCCUCGACCACGUCUUUGGGCGCCUCUACCCCUGCCCCCAACAGCGCUCCCCAGUCGCCCAAUACACCUGCUUCGUCGACCAGCGUCGGCUCCCCAACUGCUCCCGGAACCCCGACGCCGAAUCUCAAGGAUACGCGAUUCUACAAGCGCAUCCUGGCCGACGACGUUGAGCCCACUCUACGUCUCGACGCCGCACCAGGCUUGUCGUGGCUCGCCCGUCGAUCGGUUCUCGCGUCGGUGACGGAUGGCUCCUUGAUCGUCGAGCCUGUUCCCGAUAGCGCGACGUACAUGGCCAUUGUCAAGCCUCACCACCACCCGUGCUCACUGUGUGGCGAAUCGCGAAAGAGCCCGGAGCACCUGCGUAACCACCGCUUUAGAACGAGCGAAUCCGUCUCGGCGCAGCGAUAUGCGCUCUGCAGUUACUGUCUCAAUCGUGUCCGUUCUACAUGCGACUUUCUGGGUUUCCUUCGCCUGGUGAGGGACGGCCACUGGCGAGCCGAGGAUGAGGAUUCAGAAAAAGCGGCCUGGGAGGAGAGCGUCAAGCUGAGGGAGCAAAUGUUUUGGGCCCGCGUUGGCGGAGGCGUCGUGCCUGCUUCACAGGUGGCCAGUCCUGCCCCAGCUGAGACCGAUAAGGAAUCGCGGCCAAGCCAGGACCACCUGGGCAUCGUGGAAGAAACGGAGACUGGCAAGAUGACGCCAGAUGGCGUGCGGCAUGCAGACGACGCGGAUUCCAAGAACGGGGCAUCGCGGCAAGGCACCGAGCAUAUACCUCGGGAGCCUCGCACCCCUCCGGAUCGGAUGGAUGGAAACCGGAGUCGCCGCGACUCUGUGGAGCGGCACGCAACAUGA